GCACAGUGUAGCCACAAAGAACAGUGGAACAGACAUCUAAAAAGCAGAUAACCUCAACGGUGUGUUUUUGCGUCUUACGGACCGCAUACAAAGAUAAUUUAUCGAUAAUGACGAAAAAUCGAGCAGUGUAAUAUGUUUUUUACGAUGUCGUCCAACAAGGACUCCCAAAUGCAGGCGUACAAAGACGAUCCGCGAGUUCCCUGCCAGUACGGUGUUAAGUGCUAUCAAAAAAAUUCGCAGCAUCAGAGCAAAUAUAAGCACCCGCCAAAAAAGGAAACGGUAACGUGUAAUCUUCAACUGAUGAAAAACGUAGAAAAAAAAACUGAGAAGGCGACUGGAGAGAAGAGAAAAAAUCCUUUUAAAGAUAACGGAAAAGCGCAUUCAAAAAGUCCAGAAAGAAAAUUGCAGAAGACACAGGAACCUUAUGAAAGAAAUUUACAUAAUCUUUCCCCAAGUCCAGAGAGAACUGAUGUCGUUAGAGAUAACAACGAGAAUGAUAAGGACAUUUCUAGUGAUAAAGUAGAAGCGUCGACUGAGAGAGAGAAAAUAUCGUUGAAUCGAUAUAAUUCACAUAAUUCAACCGAACAUAACGUAUCUGAGAAUAAAUCUGAGGUUGAAAGAAUUAUUAUGGAUCUAUUUCUGGUCGAGAUGCCAGACGAUUUUUUUAAAUUCUACGAGUUUUGUAAAAGUAUAUCAAAAGAUAAUCCUCUUUCGGCUUGUAAGUCUGUUCGCUUGAAACUUGUGGGUCCGUACGACGUGCUGGAUGGUAAGAUAAAGAUAUCCUCAAGUGAGAACGAUAAGGAAAAAUACUUGACACACUGGAGAUAUUAUUAUGACCCUCCGGAAUUUCAGACUAUUGUGAAAUGCGAUGAUAAGGAAGGGUUACAUUUUGGUUACUGGCGAGAUGAUGCCGCUGAAAAACCAGUGUUUGUAGCGACGAAUCGAGCAAACGUGAAUGGCGUGUUUGAACCUGUCGCAGAAAAUAUAUUCGGUGCUAUCGACGGUUAUUUGCAAAACAAAGUGAAGUCAGCCAAUCCCUUCGAGAAGACCAGCAUAACGCGUUUGCAUUCGCAAUUGAAGAAUUUUGCCAAACAGCACGAUAUAACACUGGAGAAAAAUACUGCAGACAUGCGAGCGAGAGAGAGACGGGUUGUAGCACGAACCUUUCACAGAGCAGGCAUCGUAGUUCCUUAUGAUAAAAAGACUCAAUUGGGUUACAGAGAUUUGGCAGCGACAGACAGUGAUCUGCAAAAGAUAUUGAAUCAGAUAGAGGAAGCUGGUACUCCGGAAGAGAGAAAAACGCCGAUCGCGAAGCUGGACGAGAUCGUAAGGUUGGCGACGAUAGCCGCGGACGAAUGCGACUUCGGUACUUGCUUAGAGCUGGGACACGAUCUCUUCUCGAACGGCAGCAUUCACGUACAAACUAGAGCUCUGCAAAUGCUGUCUAUCGCUUACACUCAUUUAAAAAGGCCACAUCUGUUGAAAAUAUUCGAAGCACAUUUGAAAAACAGGAAGAAGGGUUGUGACUUGGGUGUGAUUUAAAAAAAUAUAUUUAAAGACGACUUUCAUAUAUAUUAUUUUAUUAAAUCUUGAUUGCAUAACGGUCUUUUUAUGGAAUCUGUCUGAUACCUUAUUGCGAACAAAUUACUGCAUUUUGUAUGUAUAUGUUAUAUGUGUGUGUGUGUGAAUUAUUAUUUAAUAUUAUUCAAUACUUUGAUUCAAUGUCAAAUUUUUUGAAAUGGUAUUUAUAAAGUGAUAAUUAGUGAUAAUAUGAACAGUAGGAUCAGUACAGGUGUUGUAAUAUUUUCCAGUGACAAAGUAAAGAUAAAGAAUAAAGGAAAAUGAUAAAUACGAUGAAAGAUAUAUCUCAAUGCAGAUAAACAUGAAUUUUUCAUAUUAAAAUAAAAAAUAUCUCUGAAUAUAAUUCACCUAAUUCAAUCGAGCAUAAUACAAUUGAGAACCCAGACAGCUAAAUCUGUCGAAUACAAAUUUCAUCAAGUCUACG